ACCUCUAUCUUGUUCUUCCCUGUCACUAGCUCAUCAUCUUCUCCUUGCCGGGAUUUAUUUCCGGAAGGCAUACAGAAGUCACAAAAAUGUUAUCGAACGUGCAAAUAUCGUUCAUCGCAUUUUACUCGUUAUUCGUACUUAAUAUCGUGUCAGUCGAAGUUAACGAGCACAUAUUCUUCCCUGACGAGCGCGAUGCUUUGAUGCAACUAAGGGAAACGAUGAAUUCUUCUGCGAAUCUGCAUGCAAAAUGGACUGGUGUACCAUGUCACAAGAAUCAGAGCAACUGGAAUGGAAUAGCUUGUGAAAAUUGGCAUGUUACACAUGUGGUGCUGGAAAAUAUUCAACUCACAGGCUCUCUGCCCCCUGCAUUUCUGCACAACUUGACAUUCUUGACUAAACUCAGCUUUAGAAACAAUUCAGUUUUUGGGCAGCUUCCGAAUCUCACUAAUUUGAUCAACUUGGAGCAAGUAUUCCUGUCGAAGAACGGCUUUUCGGGUUCUAUUCCAUUCCAUUACAUUCAGCUCCCCAGGCUUAAGAGUUUGGAGUUGGAGGAGAACGUUUUGGAAGGUGGAAUUCCUCCUUUUGAUCAAGAAAGUUUAAUGGAGUUUAAUGUUUCGUAUAAUCACCUCUCGGGUUCGAUUCCAGAGACCAGAGUUCUUGAAAGUUUCAGUGAGAGCUCCUAUGAUCAUAACUCUGGUUUAUGUGGAAAAAUAGUGGGGAAACUAUGUCCUGUUUUGCCACCAGCUCCAUCACCCGGUACACCAUCAAAACAAGAAAAAAAGAAGGUUCUAAGAGCGUAUAUUAUUGCGUUGAUUGCAGCAGGUGCAGUGUUUAUGUCUUUUCUGGUUAUUGUUGUUUUCUUCUGCUGUAGGAAAAAGGCAAUUCGCAGGCAGAAGUUGUCCAACCAACAAGGAAUGAGUGCAGGAAAUAGAAUGAUAUGGUCAAGCAGCGCAGAUGAUCUAGAGAAAACCACAGAAUUAGAGUUUUUCGACAAGGAGAGGCCCAUUUUUAACUUGGAUGAUCUGCUGAGGGCGUCUGCAGAGGUGUUGGGGAAGGGACGGCUAGGCACCACAUACAAGGCAUUGUUGGAGAACGGUCCUGCUAUCUCUGUCAAGCGUCUAAAAGAAAUGAAUUCUUUUAGCAAAAAGGAUUUUGUUCAGCAAAUGAAGUUGCUUGGGCAGAUAAGGCAUGAAAACAUUGUUCAUAUAGUGUCUUUCUACUUCUCAAAGCAGGAGAAACUAGUUGUUCAUGAGUUUGUUCCUGAUGGAAGCCUAUUUCAGCUUUUACAUGAAAACAGAGGAGUUGGAAGAAUACCAUUGAACUGGAGGACACGAUUUUUAAUCAUCAAGGACACGGCAAAAGGUCUGAACUUUCUACACCAGUCUUUACCAUCUCAAAAGGUUCCUCAUGGCAACCUCAAAUCUUCGAAUGUACUAAUCACACAACAAGACGAUGAUCAGAACGUAACAUAUCAGUCCAAGCUAUCUGAUUUUGGAUUUUUACCCCUCUUACCAUCUAAAAAAUCUUCAGAAUGUCUAGCAAUCGCAAAAUGUCCCGAGUUUGCUGAAACUAAAAAGCUCACACAUAAAGCAGAUGUCUAUUGCUUUGGCAUUAUACUUUUGGAGAUCAUAACUGGCAAAAUACCUGGCGAAAUAACAUCAGGCUUCCAGGGAGAAGAUAGCAGUAGUAUUAAUAACCUGUCAGAUUGGGUCAAAAUGGUGGUUAAAAAUGAUUGGUCACCUGAUAUACUAGAUAUGGAGAUAUUGUCAUCCAAAGAAGGACAUGAGGAGAUGCUGAAACUUACUGAACUGGCUCUUCAUUGUACAGAUUUGGCCCCAGAAAGUCGACCAAAUAUGAGUCAAGUUUUGCAAAUCAUUGAGGAGAUUGAGCAAAUGAGUGGGGAUCAACAACAGGAACAGAUUGAAUCAUGAGUAAAUAUUAAUAUAUGGUUUUUAGUUUCAUAUAGCAAAUGCUGAUUUGUAUGUAAUUUUCUUAUUCUGACAUGGAGUUAACCAAUUCUUUAA